CAGUCAGCCGAACUGUCAGUGUCAAGGCAUUGUCAGUUUUGAAAUUGGAUUGUUGAUUGCUAGAAAUCCAAAAUGCAACCACAGAUCCUAGUUUUGAAGGAGGGCACGGACCAGUCGCAGGGCCGUCCGCAGCUCAUAUCCAACAUCAAUGCGUGCCAGCUUGUUGUUGAUGCGGUACGCACGACAUUGGGCCCGCGCGGCAUGGACAAGCUGAUCGUGGACCACAGCGGCAAGGCUGUCAUCUCCAACGAUGGAGCCACCAUCAUGAAGCUUUUGGACAUCGUGCACCCGGCCGCCAAGACUCUCGUCGACAUCGCCAAGUCUCAAGAUGCUGAGGUCGGAGACGGCACCACUUCAGUGGUGAUCCUGGCCGGGGAACUCCUGAAGCGGCUCAAGCCGUUUGUCGAAGAAGGCGUGCACCCUCGCAUCUUAGUACGCGCCGUGCGCUCGGCCGCCAAGCUCGCUGUCGACCGGAUCCGUGAGCUCGCGGUCAAAAUGGACAACAAGUCGCCACAGGAGCAACGCGACCUGCUUCGGAAGUGCGCCUCCACCGCCAUGGCCUCAAAGCUGAUCCAUAGACAAAAGGACCAUUUCUCCGCCAUGGUGGUCGACGCUGUCUUGUCUCUGGACGCUCCCCUGUUGCCUCUGGACAUGAUCGGCAUCAAGAAAGUCUCCGGCGGCGCCUUGGAGGACUCAUUCCUGGUGUCCGGAGUGGCGUUCAAGAAGACGUUCUCGUACGCCGGCUUCGAGAUGCAACCGAAGAGCUAUGACUCGUGCAAGAUCGCGCUGCUCAACAUCGAGCUCGAGCUGAAGGCUGAGAGGGACAAUGCUGAGGUGCGUGUGGACAACGUGAAGGAAUACCAGAAGGUGGUCGACGCCGAAUGGCAGAUCCUGUACGAGAAGCUUGAAGCCCUGCACAAGAGCGGGGCCAAUGUGGUGCUGAGCAAGCUGCCUAUUGGGGACGUGGCUACGCAGUACUUCGCUGACCGCGACAUGUUCUGCGCCGGGCGCGUGCCGGACGAGGACCUGCGCCGCACGCAGCGCGCGUGCGGGGGCGCCGUGCUCAGCUCCACGCGCUCCAUCCCGGCCGAGGCGCUCGGCCACUGCGCGCACUUCACCGAGAGGCAGAUCGGCGGCGAGCGCUACAACAUCUUCACUGGUUGCCCGGCGGCUAAGACCUGCACGAUGAUAUUGAGAGGCGGCGCCGAGCAGUUCCUCGAGGAGACGGAGCGCUCGCUGCACGACGCCAUCAUGAUCGUGCGCCGCAGCAUCAAGAACGACGCGCUUGUCGCUGGUGGCGGCGCGAUCGACAUGGAGAUCUCCAAGCACCUCCGCGAGUACUCUAAGGGCGUGGCCGGAAAGGAGCAACUUUUACUAGCCGCCAUCGCGCGCGCCUUCGAGGCCAUACCGCGACAGCUGUGCGACAACGCGGGCUUCGACGCCACUAACCUGCUGAACAAGCUGCGACAGAAACAUCAUCAGGGCGAGAAAUGGUACGGCGUGGACAUUCAGAAGGAGGAUAUCGCGGACAACUUCGUCAGCUGCGUGUGGGAGCCUGCUGUUGUGAAGAUUAAUGCGGUUACUGCUGCCUGCGAGGCCGCCGCGCAGAUCCUGUCGGUAGACGAAACUAUCAAGAAUGUGAAGGGUGGCGACGCCAUGCCCCAAGCCGGUGGCAUGCCCGCCGGCAUGGGACGCGGCAUGGGCCGGCCGCGCAUGGGCUAAACUAUGUAUA